AUGCGUAUCACACAGGCAGUUUCGUCUUCCUCGAUUCUUGAACAUUUAUUUCGAUCUCCUCUUUUAUUUUUUAGAGGAACCUUUUAUCUUCAUAAAACUUGUAAUUCUGUUGGAUAUUUAGAAAAGUCGUUUUUGUUGAUUGUAAAACUCAAGAAAGGAGAAAAAAAUCUGAAGAAACCUUGCAAGACGAGAGAGAGUGAGCAGGGUAUUAGUUUAUCUGUCAGCUGGAGAACUAUCACACUCUCUCACGGGGUGUGGUAUAAACAACACCAGCCACACUGUGUCUCGGGGCGCGCUCUCGUGCUCGUGUGCUCUCCUUCUGAAGCUGGGUGUAGUUCCUGUAAAUGCACGACAGUGACAAGCAAGUCAAGCUAUUCUAUGUUAUUUUCGCGACGAUUUACAUCUGUUGUCGAAAUCAUAUCUAUAUGUGUGUGUGUGUAACCAGACGUAGAGACAGAAUUUGUAUAUCAAGUGACUGAUUAUCAAACAUAGAAAACAAGAAAAAACAUAUUUUGAACAUUAUAAGUCAUAUUCGCCAUGAACGUGUGUAAGAUCAUUAUAGUACUUUUGUGCGCGUGCAACUACCAUGGAAUCACAGGAGAGGGUCUCAGGAAAUCACACCCUUUCCUCCGCGCCCCCACGCCCGCUUCCCCAGCCCACAGAGCUGAGAGACAGGUCAGAUCGCCUCCGCCCAGGACGAAGGCUCUCCCUCCAACGUACCUGCUAAACCACGCAGACGGCGGGAGCGAAUCCAAGCCCCGGCCGGAGCCAACCUUCGGCCUCGCCUCCGUGAAGCACAAGUCGACAUUCAACGACCUCAGCGUCUCGGAGGAGCAGAUGUCCCCGGAGGUCGACCCAAACCGACCUCUGUCUGCGCUAGCGCCCUUUGACGGAGGAAGACACGACGACUGCGAAGGGUCGUUAUCGGUCGCGCCCCCCAGCGUCGCUCCCGUGCCGCUCCCGGGCCCGAGGACCUGCAGGAGCUCGGCGGCGGCGAAGGAGGGCGAAGGGCGUCUGUUGCCUGAAGUGUGCGACAAGUGCCCGGUGACGGAGGCCAACCUGAACGCCCUCGACCCGUGCAUGUGUGUGGGAAACAACGGUUCGGGUGCGGGUACGAUCAGCAUCACGUGUCCGACCUCCAUGGCAACGCUGGACCAACUAGAGAGCAUCCUAACAACGCCUCAAUAUCUUACCUACGAUGUCUUCAGAUUUACCCUAAAAGGAUCGAACGUGUCUGGCGUGCUAACCCAAGACACGUGGGGCAACCUGACGUUCCAUCAGGUGGUCAUCGAAGGGAACCGGAUCACGCAAGUUGACAAUAAGGCUUUCGCGAACUCCGCCCAGACGCUCACUUUCAUCAGUCUGUUCAACAACCAAAUAGACUACUACGUGACGAACAGCCAUAACGACCUGCCCAACCUGCGGACUCUGGUGCUCAAGCAGAACAAGAUCGCGGUCAUCUUCGCCAGCGCCUUCAGUUACGCCUCUCUCAAGGAGCUCGACCUCUCGCACAACGAGAUCGCCACCAUCGGCAAGGAAGCUUUCGCAGACCUUGAUAAACUCGAGAGACUGUUCCUCUCCUACAAUAAACUGACUAAAUUGGAAAAUGACUGGUUUAAGUUCCACAACCACCACCCAGACACCAGUUUCCUGCAGAUCGAUCUUUCGCACAACUUUAUUGACUUCAUAGAGGAGAAAGCCUUCCCCGCCCUGUGCAAUGUUCAGAUCGACCUCCGCUACAACCAGCUGACCACCAUCUCCGAGCCUGUGUUCCGUCCGAUCAUCAUCGCCAGCUCUUAUUUUGCUCAUUUUAUAUUCGAAGGCAACCCCAUAGUGUGUGACUGCGGCAUUCUGUGGGUGGUCGAAGAUCCCUUCAUUCCCACUUGCUUUGAUAACUUCAUUUGUCCCAAUCUCAACUUACCUCUGUGGGUGGUAAAGCCGGCGGAUUUAGGCAACUGUUCUCGAAUCUAGACAGGUGCUUAAUCAUCUCCAGAAGCACGAGACUGAGAAUUUAAACAUUUUGAAUUUACUGAGUAUGUAUAAGUAACAUACAUGCGAGAAACUUUCGGAUGCGUCGUGAUUAUCUAUAACUUUAUAAUGAUAGUAUGAUAAAACAUUUUGAAUUUACUGAGUAUGUAUAUGUAACAUACAUACGUGACACUUUCGAAUGUGUCAUGAUUAGCUAUGACUUUAUAAUGAUAGUAUGAUGACGCAUAUUCUUUAAGCUCGUGCCGGUCAUUAUAUUCGGAUAAAAUCAGUGUAUUCAAAGAAUCUGACGAGGGUGUAGGUCUUUGAUAAUUGUGCUGAUUUUUGACAGCUGAUGAUUAUUCAUAGUUGUGAAAUUUGAUUAACCCGAUUGAAUACAAUUUUAUGUAAGUCAUGUAUCAAUGUCAUUAACACUGCAGUGCUAUGGUAUCAGCCAUCUUUUAUAACACAUACACACACACACACACA